AUGGCGGAAGUGCCAGACAAGUCCCAGUCUUCCCCUAAACACAAAGACAAGAAGAAGAACAGUAAGUCUCCGGAGAAGACAGAGAAGAAGCCUCUGGAAAAACAUGGCAGCCACAAGAGUCUUCAGCGGGAAGGGGAAGUUGCAGAAGGCUCAGUCAGAAGCCAGGAUGCCGGAGUGCCCUGCUUGGACUUCCACGUCACGCAUCGUGAAAAGGUGUUUAGGAGGAUCCUGAAGAGCAAGAAGCUGCCACCACCAAAGCAGAUUCUGGACUCUCUGGGACUGGGUCCCUUAGGGCCUCCCAUUCCCCCUGGCUCUCUUUUCUCUGUGGUCCCCUACCCAGAGGAGGACAGAGUUUCCACAGCAUCACAAGACCUCAGACACUUCAUCCUUGUUGAACCUGAGGGUGCUGCUGCAGAAGAUGAUGUGGCCCCAGAGGCAGAGGCACAGGACCACUUGAAGGAGGGGAAAGCCACGAGCAGACACAAGUCUAGCAAGGAAAAGCCAAACUCCCCCCAGAGCCCGAAAAGUCUCCAGGAUCACUCCCCAGAAACACCCCGAAGUUCACCUGAGCCAGCAUCAGCCAGAACCCACGGCUGGUGUUUCCUCGCUGGAGGAAGAGCAAGGAGAAGGAGGACAUCAUCUCCAAGGAAUAUGUCAUGAGCACAAAGCAGUUCCACUUUGGACCGCUGCUUUAUGGCAAGUCAGGAGAGUGGUAUGUGCUCCCUGCUCCCAAGUGAGCAUCCCUGUGUGCUGCCUGUACAGACUGAGAUGUCGGGAGGGGAUCUCCAGGGCCUUGUGCUCUCCUGGACACACUUGCAGACACACUGUCCCAGUGGCACAAUGCAGGGCAGUCCCGGGCAGAGACCUGGCAGACACAUGGGCUUGAGGGAGCACAGAUGUGUGAGUGUGAGCAGAUAACAGGCAAAUGAGCCUUGGAGGAGCUGCUUUGCCAGCCUGGUGGGUGCCCUGGUGUCCAGAGCCACCAGAGCUGCU